AUGGCAUUAGGAAUCUUCAAGCUCCCUGGCGUCGCUUUCAUCACCGGAGCUGGUGGUACAGGAAUCGGCGCCGCCGUUGCUCGAGGCUUCGCGCGGUCCGGAUGCGUCCACCUCGCUAUCACGGACCUCAACCCGCAAACCCUCGCGCAAACCAAAUCCGCCAUCCUAUCUGUCAACCCCCGCGCGCAGGUCCUAACGCGCGAAGGCGACGUAACAAGCGAGUCGUUCGUCAAAUCCUUUACCGCCGAGAUCGUGGCCCGGUUCUCACGUCUCGACUACUCCGUGCAUUGCGCCGGGAUCCUAGGAGCUUCGCUGCGUACGCACGAGGCGCCGCUGGCCGAGUAUGAGCGCGUGGUGGGGGUCAAUUGGAAGGGUGUGUGGCUCGUGUCGCGGGCAGCGUUGGCGCAAAUGCUGGUGCAGGAACCGUUGGAUGCGCAUCCGGGCCAGAGAGGUGCCGUGGUCAAUAUUGCGAGCCAGCUUGGUCUUGUCGCACGACCGACUGCAUCAAUCUAUUGCGCCUCAAAGGCUGCAGUGAUAAAUAUGACGCGGUCUGAUGCGAUCGAUUACUCGCAGGACGGGAUAAGGGUGAAUUGCGUAUGUCCGGGCGUGAUCGAGACGCCGAUGACGACAGGAUCGACUGAGGUUACGGAGAGACUGAGACCAGCGAUCGACAUUGCACCCAUGCGGAGAAUGGGGACACCGGAAGAGGUAGCCGAUGCUGUUUUAUUUCUAUGUUCGAGCCAGGCCUCUUUUAUACAAGGUCACGCCUUGGUAGUUGAUGGCGGAUAUACAAUUAACUAG